ACAGCGAGGAAACUAGAAAGAUCUGGAACUACCAAUUCAAGGUGACCAUGUCACUGACGUUGAGUAAGAGUGGGCUGGUUCAAGAGCUGACGGUCGACAACACAGGCGAGAAUGCCUUCGAUUUCACAACAUUGUUGCAUACAUACUUCAAAUGCGCGGAUAUCGAGCACGUUUCCGUGGAGGGACUGCAGGGCUCUGGCUGGACUGACAAAGUUUUGGGUGAUGCUCCAAAGAGCGAAACCCGAGCUUCGUUGAAGCUGGAUGGGUUCUACGACAGUGUGUACUCGCAGACACCCUCAACGCAGACCAUUAAGGGGCUGGCAGGAAAGGAUACGCCUCUGGUUGUGGAUGUGGAGAAGACUAACCUCCCUGAUACUGUCGUAUGGAACCCGUGGGAAGAGAACGCGGCCAAAAUGGGCGACUUCGAUGACGAUGGCUUUCACUAUAUGAUCUGCGUGGAAGCAGGGGCUGUGAGUGAGCGCACUACUUUGGAGCCAAAUAGCACGUGGAAGGGCAGUCAGAACAUCCAGCCCCACGCUUAGGGGCGAUAACGCGUACUGCGUACACAUAGACCUAUACAGAUAUUAUUAUACACACAUAAUAUAUAUUUAUAUUUAUAUCUUAUACCCAAUUGAUCCAUGAUCACUUGCUCCGAAUAAAUAAUGAUGAACUC